AUGGCAUUCUCACUCCCGGAGUGGCACAAGGCAGAGAGACUGGGCUGAGCUGAGAGUGCCGUGGCCACCACCAUGAGCCUCCUCAACAAGCCCAAGAGCGAAAUGACCCCAGAGGAGCUGCAGAAGGGGGAGGAGGAAGAAUUUAACACGGGCCCGCUCUCAGUGCUCACACAGUCGGUCAAGAGCAACACGCAGGUGCUCAUCAACUGCCGAAACAACAAGCAGCUGGGCCACGUGAAGGCCUUUGACAGGCACUGCAACAUGGUGCUGGAAAACGUGAAGGAGAUGUGGACGGAGGUCCCCAAGAGCAGCAAGGGCAAGAAGAAGACCAAGCCCGUGAACAAAGACCGCUACAUCUCCAAGAUGUUCCUGUGUGGGGACUCAGUCAUCGUGGUCCUGCGGAACCCGCUCAUCACUAGCAAGUGGCGGCCUCCUGCUCAACUCCCAACCCCACCAUACAUAGGAAGAAAAGUGAAAGAUGCUAUAGGAAGUGGUGAACAAGACAGAGAGGAUACGAAGAGCCUAGAGUGUAGAGGUGGCUGGGAGACGACCACAGUCAUCCAGUCCAUGGGUAUCAGUGUGAGCCUGGAACAUGGCGGUACAGGUGGCAGUGCAGGCACAGAAAAUUGA